AUGGAGACCGGCCGUCCGGCCACCGCCGUCCGGGACCUCCUGCAGGACGAGUGCUACGCUGAUUUUUUAAGCCAGGACUUCGACGUCAAGACUUACACCUCUCAGUCCAUUCACCGAGCGGUGAUAGCCGAGCAGUUGGCCAAGCUCGCCCAAGGGAUCAGUCAACUGGAUAAAGAACUUCACUUACAGGUAGUUGCGAGGCAUGAAGACUUAUUGGCACAGGCGACUGGAAUUGAGUCUCUGGAAGGUGUUCUUCAGAUGAUGCAGACGAGAAUCGGGGCUCUUCAGGGCGCUGUGGACAGGAUCAAAGUCAAAAUUGUGGACCCGUACAACAAGAUAGUAGGACGCACAGCCCAGUUGGCAAGGCUGCAGGUAGCCUGUGACUUGCUCCGGAGAAUAAUCCGCAUCCUGUACCUUAGUAAGAGGCUCCAAGGACAAUUGCAGGGCGGAAGUCGAGAAAUAACGAAGGCCGCUCAAAGCCUGAAUGAACUUGCCUCCCUCCGUCUCGCUCCUGCCGUCGAGGUCUGUGUCCCGUGGGACGGCGAGGGGAGCAAACAGGCCCGGGGCAGAUCGGUGGGGUCAAAGAUCCUCGCGGAGCAGGGCCCUGGAGCUAUCCCCAUAGAGGAAGGCAGUGCGAUCUUUCUUGCUGGAGAAGAGGUUCUUUAUAGGACAGCUGUCCUGCUGGUUCACUGUUGA